CCCCCACCAAAAUUAUGGUUUGCUGUUAGCAAAGUGGAAAUUACGUGCGAAAAAUAAACCCAAAGUCUGGAGACCAUUACCGUAACUAUUGCCGAUUUGUUUGGUGUUGCCUCCUCCCAAGGCCCAUCUGCGGCUUGGAGUUUGAUUGGUUGUUUUAUAUCUUCAGACAGAUCUAAAAACGCCUCAUUUGAAGAGGCAAAGUGGAGCUUCUGCACUGCUACUACAACCGGGACGAUUUGCUACAUCAACUUUUCAUCCGUUUCUUUCGGGUCCCAUCUGCGGCUUGGAGUUUGAUGGGUUGUUUUAUAUCUCCAGAUAGAUCUGAAAAAACGCCACAUUUGAAGAGGCAAAGUGGAGCUUCUGCUACUACUACCCGGAAAAUUUGAUAGAUAAACUUCCCAUCCGUUUCUUUCAGGUUACAAACCUUAUAGUUCACUAGUAGCAGAACAAGAAGAAGAACGAGAAACAAGCUACAAAAUGGCAGAGGACAAAGCCAUAGCAGAGGGUGAAAAGAAUGAACCGAGAGUAAUUGAUAAAAAGAAGCGCAAGGGCGUUAUGUCUCGCAUCUGGAGUGGCAUUUUUAGAUUCCAUGGAGACGAUAUUGAGAAGAGACUGCAAAAUAUUUCUAAGGAAGAAGCUGCGGUGUUAUCUAGGAUGAAAAGGAGAUCACUUACCUGGAGGAAGAUGACCAGGCAUCUCAUUGUUUUCUCUGUCAUUUUUGAGGUAAUUGCAGUAGGCUAUGCUAUAAUGACUACUAGAUCAAUGGAUUUGAAUUGGAAGGUGAGGGCAUUUCGAGUUUUGCCAAUGUUUCUUUUGCCUGGUCUAUCCUCCCUUGCUUAUUCAGCAUUUGUGAGCUUCGCAAGGAUGUGUGAGCGCAAAGAUCAGAAAACUCUAGAAAGGCUGCAGGCUGAGAGGCAAGCAAAAAUUGAUGAGCUUAAAGAGAGGACAAAUUACUACACUACACAGCAACUCAUUCAGAGAUAUGAUUCUGAUCCAGCAGCAAAGGCAGCUGCUGCAACUGUCCUCGCAUCUAAGUUGGGUGCUGAUUCUGGCUUGCAAGUGUAUGUGGAAGAUGAAGCUAAGCUUAAUAUUCCAACGGGGAAGAGUAAUGAUGUUGAGUUGGUGCAAAUGAGUAGCCUUAGAAACAGAAAGCAAGUGCACACUAGAUCCAGUAGUGCAGGGAGUGCUUCAGCGUUUCAUUCUGAUGAAGAAAUGCUAGGCGCUGCACAAGGUGAAGGUCUUCCUGAGCAUAAUGAACUUGUCUUUGAGCAUGACAAUCUACAGGCUUCUACUGUGCAUGAUGGGGGAUGGAUUGCUCGAUUAGCAGCAUUACUUGUGGGUGAGGAUCCUACGCAGUCAUAUGCACUGAUAUGUGGAAACUGCCACAUGCACAAUGGGCUUGCCAGGAAGGAGGAUUUUCCUUACAUUACUUAUUACUGCCCACAUUGUCAUACCCUGAAUCAGCCAAAACAAUCAGAAGACCGUGUUUCUGGUUUUAAUUCCCCCACUUCGGGUAAUUUGAUAGCUGGAGGUUAUGCUGAAGCAAUAAACAAGACCAGCAAUUCCACUAGUGGCAGCAGCAGCCCUAUUAGAGCUUGUUCGGAGAAUGAGGAAGUAAUUGAAAGACCAACAUCAGGGGAGUUGGUGAGUUAAAAUUAGACGUGCCUGAUUACAGUUGAUGGAUCUAUUGAUUGAUUAUAGGGUAGAGAGAUUUGCUAUAGUUUUGCUUCAAGUGUUUUUGUAACAAGAUGUGCUUUUGAUUUGGCUUUUUACUUUGUAGUUUGUUCUUUAUGACAUUUUUUCUCCUUAUGGCUAGCUCAACGCUGGAAAGUCUUGCUGAAAUUAUUUUCCAUUUUUGAUAAA